AUGUCUCCUGCCACGGUAGCCCUGACUCCGGGGUUACAAUCAUUCCUCCACACCUUGAAGAUGAGUGACGUGGAGAGCGCAACGGAAAACCUCAUAUCGCUCCUAAAGCGACGGCAGAUCCAACCCUCGCACUCCUGUGCCGUCGCAACAGCCUACCUCCUCCUACGGGUCGUCUCAACAUCACGCAUAACAGAUCCAGCAACGCUAAUUGACCGCAUACAAUAUGUCGGGAAGAGGCUCAUCGCAGCGCAGCCUAGGGAAAUGGUUGUUGGGAACAUCGUGCGGCGCGUCCUGGGUCUCAUCAGAGAAGAAGCGGAAGACGAGCGGGAUGGGGAAUCCUGCUUAUCAAGCGACGCGAGCUCCGAUACAAGGCCACAUACACCUCAUGCAGCCGCUACGGACGCUGGGGGCAACCACCUCAUCACCCAACCACCGGACAUUUCAACAGUAACAACGACAACAGCAGCAGCAGCAGUGCAUGUCUCAAGCCCGCUAAGACGUGAAGGCACAGAUGUCGAAGAGGCCCUCCCCUCAGGGAAGCGGGGCACAUCCCUCGCCGCUAUCCGCUCUGAAACGACGGAGCGAUCCCCACGGCUACCGAACAUUCAUCAAGCUCCUCCAGUAAUAUCGAUGUUCAGGCUACUGUCGCAUCCACAGGUGGAGUCAUCGCAAGUUGGGUCUCCCGUUACUGGAUCGCCAUCCGGUCGUUUGCCUGGAAGUUACAGCUCGAGGGAUUUCAGGGCGGAGGUAAUUGAUGGUAUCGGCGAGAUAGUUGACGAACUAGGUCAAGUGGAGGACCAGAUUGCUAGCUAUGCGCUAGAGCACAUACAUUCCGAUGAGGUCAUACUGACCUACACGUCGUCGGUGACAGUGCAUAAGUUCUUGGCGAAGGCUGCGGCCAAGCGGAAAUUUACAGUGAUACAUGCAGAGGGCUAUCCCAACGACCACAUAGCGACGCAUAGGACUGUCGCGGGCACCACCAGCGCAGCCGCGAGUGGUGUCAGUGGAGGCGGCGCUUGUGGAGACGACGAGAGUUUAAGUCUAAGUACCGAGUCGUUUCAAAAGUCCCUCACGGACCUUGGUGUGACGGUCAUUCUCAUCCCGGACUCAGCGGUCUUCGCUCUGAUGUCGCGGGUCAACAAAGUGAUUCUUGGCACGCACUCGGUGCUUGCGAACGGCGGUUUAGUUGCAGCAGCUGGAACGCGAGGAAUAGCCAACGCUGCCAAAGUGCACCAGAUCCCCGUCAUCGUUGUCAGCGGCAUCUACAAACUCAGUCCGGUCUACCCGUUCGACUACGAGGCGCUGAUUGAGUAUGGGGACUCGAGCGCUGUGCUGCCGUAUGAGGAUGGGGACGUGGGCAAGAUUGACGUUCAGAAUCCGCUGUACGAUUACGUGCCUGCUGACCUAGUCGAUCUAUAUAUUACGAACUUGUAA